CAGGUUGUUCCAGAGUCACAUGAAGAAACACCUGCUGCUGCUUCUUCUGUACAGAUUCUUACACCUCACUGCUUCUUAGUAAAAAGCUAAACACAGUUUUAGCUAUAGCUGUGUUAGUCUGAAUAACAGAGAGGACUGGGGGCUGUUUGAGUCUGGUGGUCCUCCCUCAGUAGGUAGCCUAGGAAGGGGGUUAGUUAGUUCGAUAAGUUCUCGAGUUCACGACACACCUGUAGCGCGGGACACACCUCGACCCGGCGGUACAGCGGCCUCGAUGGCAGCGUGAGGCUGGUCGUGGGCUUGUCUUGCGUGAGGAUUACCGGGGCUACAGGACUCUACAGCCUCCUGCAUCCAGAAGCCAGUGUCAUGGACCCCCUGGAGAAUGAAGCUAAAGACGGCCCCAGUGCUCAGGAUGAAGGCCUGGACGCAUCAAUGCAGUUCCUACGAACACCUGACAGCGAGACAGUGGAAAAGGCGAAAUUAGCAUGCAGAACCAUCGUAGCGAUUACCUUGGUUGUAUUAGCAGCUGUCCUAGCACUAUUAAUUGGAUUGCUGGUGUGGCACUUCCAUUUGAGAACUGAUGGCAUUGUGAAGAAAGUAUUCAGUGGUUCCAUGACCAUCUCCAAUCACAGAUUCUCAGAUAAUUAUGAGGACUCUAACAGUGUGCAGUUUAAGGAGCUGGCCUCACAGGUCUCAAAACAGAUGAAGGGGUUUUACGGUCAUGUCCCCAUAUUGUCUCGCUAUUACAUAAACUCCACUGUUCAAGCCUUUAGUGAGGCCAGUGAUGACUCUGUUAUAGCCUACUACCUCUCUGAGUUCAGUGUACCAGUGGCUAAGGCUCCUGCUGUAGAUGAGGCCAUGAGCUCCAUUUACCAGGAUGAGGGGCCUAAACACGGCCGCUUAAGUCAGAGCAUGGGACGCAAACCCGGCAAUGACCUGUCUUUCAAAAUAAUGACGUCUGGAGCUGUGGAUGCUCGGCUGGUUAACUCCAGUCUCCAGAGUCACUUUAAGUACAGCUACCACACACGUACAGGAGAGACAGGCACUAUCCAGUCUCCGAGAUUUCCUGAUCAACCUUACCCUCCAAACAUCUAUGCUGAAUGGCAGCUCCGUGCUGACCCUGCUCACAGAAUCAGGCUGGAGUUUACAGCUCUGAACCUGGAGAAAAACUGCAAUAACGACUUCAUCAGACUGUAUGAUUCUCUAGUUCCCAAUGAGAAGCAGGUCAUGGUGGAGAAAUGUGGAUACUACACCCCCACCGAGCACCUGAUUUAUCUCUCUUCUGGGAAUGUCAUGCUAGUGACAUUUGUCACAAAUGGAGAGAAGAAUUAUCCAGGAUUCAGGGCAUUUUACUCCCAGGUUCCAGCACAAAGCGAAGAUAUAGAGUGUGGUGGGAAACUGACAGGAACGAAUGGCACAUUCUCAUCUCCUGGAUUUCCAUCCUACUAUCCUCCUCAGAUGCAAUGUGUUUGGGACAUUGAGGUUCCUGCAGGAAAGCAUGUCAAAGUGAAGUUCAGCAAGUUUUCUUUGCGUGAGCCAGGAGAGACCCCAAAUCACUGUUCUAAAGACUACUUGGAGAUUAACAACCACAGGAUGUGUGGAGAAAAGCCUCCAAACACCGUUCACUCCAGCAGGACCAACCAGAUUACAGUCAGAUUUGUCUCUGACAUGUCUUAUGUGGACAAAGGCUUCUCUGCAGAGUUUGUAGCAUUUGAGCCGAACGAUCCCUGUCCUGGGAAGUUCCAGUGUGACAAUGAUGUAUGCAUUAACCCUCAGCUGAAGUGUGACGGCUACGAUGACUGCGGAGACACGAGUGACGAGAUGAACUGCGUGUGUAGUGAGGAGUUUCACUUCAAGUGCAAAAAUGGCUACUGCAAGCCCAAAUUCUGGCGCUGUGAUGGGGUGAAUGACUGUGGUGACAAAUCAGAUGAAGAAAACUGUGGACCCGUCUGUAAAUCUUGGCAAGUUUCGUGCCGAAAUGGCCACUGUGUUCCUGAACAUCAGAAGUGCGAUGGUCACAAUGACUGUGGGGAUGGCACAGAUGAAUCUAAGUGCCCAAGACCUAUAGUUCUUAAGUGCUCAGAGUUCACCUACAAAUGUAAGAAUAACCAAUGCAUUAGCAAACAGAACCCUGAGUGUGAUGGAGAAGUGGACUGUGAGGAUGGUUCAGAUGAAUCAGGUUGUGACUGUGGUACGAGACCCUACAGAAGUUCCCGGAUUGUGGGCGGUGAAGCGUCCAGUGAAGGCGAGUGGCCCUGGCAGGUCAGCCUGCAUGUGAAAGGGGAGGGUCAUGUGUGUGGUGCUUCUGUGAUCAGCGAUCUUUGGCUGAUCACUGCUGCCCACUGUGUGCAAGACACCGAGAGACUAAAGUAUUCUCAACCGGACCUGUGGGAGGCCUACCUUGGGCUGCUCAGUCAGAGUGAGUCCAGUGCGGAUACAGUACAAAAGAGCAUUAAACAGAUCAUCUCGCAUCCUGAGUACGAUCCUAGGACCUAUGAUAAUGAUAUUGCACUAAUGGAGCUGAACAGCCCAGUUACUCUCAACCAGAAUAUCUGGCCUAUCUGCCUUCCAGCAGCAUCUCAUGAGUUCCCUGCAGGUCUGGAUGUGUGGAUAACAGGCUGGGGUCAAACCAGAGAGGACGGAUAUUUAGCCACAGUGCUGCAGAAAGCAGAGGUUCGCAUUAUCAAUGACACAAUCUGCAAUCAGCUGAUGAAUAAUGAAAUUACUCCGCGUAUGAUCUGUGCUGGAGUUCUGUCUGGAGGAGUGGAUGCCUGUCAGGGAGACUCAGGUGGGCCGAUGUCGUCCGUAGACCCCGACAGCGGGCGCUUGUUUCUGGCUGGAGUGGUCAGCUGGGGGGACGGCUGCGGCCGAAAGAACAAGCCUGGCGUUUACACACGGGUCACGAAAUACCGCAGCUGGAUCCGAGAGCAGUCUGGGGUAUAGAAGUGUUGUGUGGUUUUAAUGUGCCACCUCUGAGAACAGUUACAUACCUGACAUUAUUCAGACUCUAAUGUGAAAAACAUGAGAGUGAAUUUGAGUGUGGGCCCACAGAUAAAUGAUGUAACUUAAUAAACAGAAAAUAGUAUUGACUGUUUGAUUGAUUUCAGUUUUAUUUGUUUGUUACUCUCUUACAUGAGAACAGUAGGUGAUAACAUUCAGCAGUGGUUACUCAGUUCUGACAAUUGAUUUCUUGAAUGUUUUACUUUUUUAUUUCUUCUGUACUUUUACAUUAUCAUGUUUUUGCUUAUUAACUUAUUUGUAAAUCUGUAUGCAUGCUUGAUUCAUAAAAUGUAUUCAAUGCUUAACUGCUUAGAAUUUCAUUCCUCAAUAUAGUUUAAGACAUUUUAGGUUAAUGUAAUUUAUCAGUGGUCUGGAUUUACAGGCCUAAAUUAGGAUAGAAGGGAAAUGUUGAACUCAAGUGCCACUUUUAUUUUUGUGUAUUAUUUUUUUAAAUAUGUGGUCACUCAUUGCACAGUCAGUAUGAUUGUACCUCCUGUUUUCCCUGUUUGUACAGUAAUCCCCCUGCUGUGUAUAGACCAAAGAUAUAUGUAUUCUUGAAAAAAUAAGUCAUUAAAAAUGUAAACAUUAAAAAAACUAAUGAUUGUGAAAA